UUAUGACGUCGAAAGGGUAAGGCCGGAUUGGUUCGUCAUUAUGAUGAAACUGGAUAUUGGAGUUCAAAUUUACUUUGACUUUGAUAAUUGAUGAAAGCUUGUCAACAAAUUUAUUGACCAGAACGAAGGUGAAGAUCUUGCGCUUGUUACGAAACUGUAUCAGAAAAGCAGCGGUGAAAGGUUUGCGCUGAAGAUUUGCUGUCGUUGCACUUACUUUUGUCAGCUUCCUUCUACAUUAUUUUUACGAGAAUUUCUUGAAGAUGGGUCUACCUGGAAGUCAAGUUUACAUUAUCAUUUGCCUGAUUUUGUUGUGUCUAUUGCACCAUGUCAAAUCAUAUUUUUAUUAUCCUUCCGUCUUUUGGACUCCUAACAAUUGCAGAUUCAAGUUAAACAAAGAAAACGAAGCUGGUUAUGAAUUUAAUGUUAAACCAUUCGGAAGUGUAUCAUUUGUAUGUCCAAACAUUGCGCUGUGGAAUGACAUCAGUGCUACAGGUCCCCACUUGUCUAUGAUGUACGAGAACUUGAUGCUAGUGGAUAAAGAGGGAUACGACACGUGUACAGUAAACAAGAAGAGAAAUCCAAGUUUAAAUCGGCUUUUACUAAAGUGUGAUGGCGAUGCAAAAAAACUUCGGUUUAUUACUGAGAAAUUUGCACCACAAAGAGCGAUACAGGAUAAAAUCAAAUAUUUAAGUGGAAAGACUUAUUACUUCAUAGCAACGUCAAAUGGUUCAAAGGAAAGUGUGAAUAAUUUAAGUGGAGGACGCUGUAAAACACAUCAUAUGAAGCUGAAAAUUAAAGUUUGUCAUGAUUCAGAUCCUUGUCCUUUCAUUCAACCAAAAUGUCCAUACUCAUCUGUCGGCAAAAAAACUACAACUACAACUUCUACUACGCUCGCUACAACGACUACCACAAAGUUAAAUAUGACUCUGCCCGCAUCAACAGCAAAAACCACUUUACAACGUACGACGUCAUCCAAAAACCGUAUCUUGAGUACAACGGAAUCUCAAAGGCAAGCAAUUGAAAUGUUGAAGAAAAGGCAAAACUUCGCUGACUUCAAAGCUGAGCAGCAUUCAUCUCAAGAAAGCAUGUGGGGAGCACCCAGGAAACAUAUCAUUAUUCAUAUCACUAUGUCGUUGAUAAUCUUGAUUCUGGCUUUGUCGCUCAUCUAUGUCUCAAUAACUCGACGUAAACGCAAGUCAAAGCCUAUGGCAUUCACCUCGAAACUGUACAACGAGAGGCCAAUGAGUGCAUUACCUCUGGAUGAGGAUUUUAACAGAGAUUCUAGAAUUGACUUUAACAGAGAUUCUAGAAUUGACUUUAACAGAGAUUCAAGAAAUGACUUCAACAGAGAUUCAAGAAAUGUUUGAAUUAGAAUGUGAAUGGCAGUCAUCGUAGGCAUUUCUCACUAACUUAAUUUAUAAUCUAAAAUAGAGACGAAGAGAGAAAGUUACAAUCCUUACAAAAAAAGGCAUCUACUAACUUCGAACUUCUGACGGGAAAUUGGUAUUCGAUAGUCGUCCACAGUUACUGAUCGAUUUUUUCCCUCAUUCAUGGCGAGAUGGAUGUUAAAUACAUUGUACUAAAUUUUUAAAAAUUUUCUACUUAUGUAAAUAAUUAAUGCUUGUUAAAUUUUAUUUAGUUUGUACCAUUUGUGUACCCAAGGAAUUUGUACCCCCAAUAAACUCUUGGUUGUUGGGUGUGUAUGCGUUACUUGGUGUAACAAUAA